GAAUAACUGCCGAUGGCGGCAGCGAAGGAGCAACCGGACCGCUUGUGCAGGGACCGACCCGAUGUGAGUCCAGGAGUAGCAAGGAAACUAAACCGCUGAUUCGCAAGUUUCGUGAACGUGUACCAUGGUAUUUCUUCUCAAAGGGUGUCUUCCUUCGAAAGCGCGUCGAAGAGGUCGACAGCCUCUUCCCCACGCUCCCGACCUUGCCAUUAUUCCGACUUACCGGAGCGUCCCGCGUCAACUGAAUCCACUACUGACCGCCUGCUGGAAUCAGGAGUGGGAAAGUGUGCAAAAUUUACUGGAUUCGUACCCGGAGGACACGUACUACAAAACCGAUCACACUGGGCGCACGCCGUUGCACCUGGCUACCAUGCCGGGCACCACGUGCCCGGCGCCUCUCGUUCGGCGCAUGAUCCACGCAAAUCCGCACGCCGUAGUGGAAUGCGAUCGGCACCAGUUCGGUGGCACCCCUCUGCACUUUGUUUGUGGGUCGCAUCACGUGCACGACUCCAAUCUGGUCCAACUCUUGGUACAAGCCGCUCUGGAUACGCAUGCGCAAUUUCCCCAAUCCAUCCCCACCCUGCGCAUUCACGGAUGGUCACCUUUUCUGCUCGCCUGUCGCAAAAACCCUCCAAUUGCCACUAUUUUGAUCUUUUUGCGGGUGCAGAACACGCGACCGGAUGGACUAUGGAUGGUGCCGUGUACCGGUGGGGAAACGUACCUACAGAUCACUCGUGCACGGAUGUCGCGCGACCAAACGUCACAGUCGCCAUUGAACGCGUUGUACUACAGUAGCAUGAUGGAGCACGCUAUCGUUCUUCCAGAAUUUGGUGUACAUUUUUCAGAUCUUUCAACUUUACGGGAUAUGACCCGAGUCCUAUUCGAGUUGGAUUAUGAAACGAUAUCAACACUGAAGGAGCACCCAGAUCCUACGGUAUCCAUGUGGACAAAGUGUCUUUUGAUUCUUCGUCAACACGUUGACGAUCUUUCGUUUUUGGUGCACGCACUUGCGUGUCUCCACUUCCCAGUCACGCCGCUUCUGAAACUCGCGUGUGUUCUUUUCCCGGAACAAGCCUUCUUGUGUGAUGCCAACGGCCGGCUUCCUUUGCACUUGGCGUUGGUGGAACAAUGGAAAGAAUGGCAGGGCACCAUGGAAGUCUUAAUAGCGACGGCUCCGGAAACAGUCAGCAUCGUGGACCCCGUAUCGGGAUUGAUACCUGCUUGCCUGGCAUCCGCCAGUGCCAUGCAUCAUUCGCAUUUAAUUUCCAUGGAAUACGUCGAACUGGAAAUUGUCUUUCGACUUUUGCGUACCGAUCCAACCUCUCUUCGCAUACAACAAGAGUUUUUUCGAAGGUGGAAGGGACAAGCAUGA